AGAUUUUCAAGUGGCAGAGAGCUGAGAUGGGUCGACUUGCUCCUUUGUCAGAGGAACCUAUUAAUGAAGACGACGAUGGAAUCACCGGCGGCUCAAGGAAAGGCCUUCAGGCAUGGCGAAACUGGAGCUGGAUCAAGACCCCUUUCUCUCUCGCCUUCAAUAAGAAGUCUGACCUCAAAAUUCUUCUAAGUGUUCUGGGUUGCCCUCUCUUCCCUGUUCCUCUCCUCCUCAAAGAACCCCACAAUGAGGUGUCAUCUUCAGCGCAGUAUAUUAUACAACACUUCGCGGCGGCGACGGGGUGCCGGAAGUUAGAAGGGAGAGUGAAAAACAUCUUUACGACAGGGAAGGUGACAAUGGGUGUGGUGGAUGAGCCUGGAUCCGGCGGCGGAGGGGCCGCCGGAGUUUCGGAAAGAGGGUGCUUCGUUAUGUGGCAAAUGCUUCCCGAUAAAUGGCAGAUAGAGCUCGUCGUGGGUGGCCACAAGGUGGUCGCUGGUAGUGACGGCGCCGUGGCUUGGCGCCACACCCCAUGGCUCGGCGCGCACGCCGCUAAAGGUGGCGUACGACCACUUCGUCGUGCUCUUCAGGGACUGGACCCUCUGGCAGUGUCUGCUGUAUUCUCUGCUGCGCAGUACAUGGGAGAAAAGAAGAUCUCAGGCGUAGAUUGCUUCGUGUUGAAGCUCUCAGCUGAUCAGAAGGACCUCAUCGAUCGCAGUGAUAACACAGCAGAGAUGAUCAAGCACGUUAUAUUUGGUUACUUCAGCCAAAGAAGUGGACUUCUAGUGGUAUUAGAGGACUCUUACCUGACCAGGAUUCAAUCACCUGGGGCACACCCCACGUAUUGGGAGACAACAAUGUCUACAAAAAUUGAGGAUUAUAGGUUGGUGGACGGCGUGAUGAUUGCUCACUCAGGGAAAUCAACGGUGAUCAUUACGCGGUUUGGGGAUAAUCUGAAGGCAGGCCCUGCCAUCACAAGGUUGGAAGAGACAUGGAACAUCGAUGAUGUGGCAUUCAACGUGGCGGGACUAUCCAUUGACUGUUUCAUACCUCCUAAGGAACUUCAGAGAGAUUAUCCUCAAGAGAAUCUGGAUUGGAGAUCACCCUUGCACAGAUGAUGGAAGCUGCUUGAUUGUGCAUGCGUGGUGCUAACUUUGAAAAAAAAUGGGUGUCUGCUAAUUGUUACUACUAUUUAGUAUAUAAUGCUCUGUAAUUGUGUUACUGAUUCUGGACAUUGUUGACGUCAGCUAUUGAUAUAUAUCGAGAUAUCUGAUUUUGUAUACUACUUAAA